AUGAGUAGAGCUAAAGAAAUUCAAGAAAAAUUAGACUUACAAGCAAAAAUUCAAUUAUCUUUAUCCAAACAAUCCUUGAAAGUAGCAGAUUGGUUGAACCCAUCAAACAAGGAGUUAAGUGGUAGCAACUCAGUGGAAAGUCAUGUUACUAAUGAGUUAAAACAUAGUCAAAUGGAUUUUUUCCAUUUACCAGUAAUUCAAAUAGGUGCAGGAUUAAAUAUGGAAGAAUUUGAUUCUAAUUGGAAAACAGAUGAUAAUAGUAAGAAUGAUAUUCAUACGAUUGGUGAGUUUAUUAAUUCAGAUAAAAAAGUAUCUAGUUUAGCAAAGAAAAGACAAUAUAAACAAUCUAAUGAUCCCAAACAAAACUAUAUUAGAAACAAUAUUCACAGGAUUGUAAAAGAUGAUACAAAGGCUAUGAUAGCGUUGAAAAGAAAGAUGCGAAAGGAUAUUAUAAUAAAACAAAGAAAUUCAAAAGAAAAUGGGAACAAGCACGGUGUUACAAAUAGUUCUAGCGACAGGCACAAUAAACUAGGUGACGUAGAGGAUGACAGUGACGACGAAGAUAUACGUUCAAAAUAUAGCCAAACAAAGAAGAAGACCAUUGGAUUAUUAUUUCAAUCAAAGAAGAAUAAGAAAAAAUGA